AUGAUUGGAUCAACAGAUGACUCAUGCAUUACUCUUGGAUUAGCUGUUAACGCCCAAUUUGUUGCUGAACCACAAGAUUUAAUCCACAAGCAAGGAGCGGCAGGAAUCAAUGUUCGUUAUAAAGAAGUACCUUCGGGUAUUUGUGAGUCUACUCCAGGGGUAAAAUCUUUUUCGGGCUAUUCGGACGUAGGUAAAGAUGAACAUUUAUUUUGGUACUUUUUCGAAACUAGAAACGGUGAUCCGAAAAAAGCACCUUUGACAGUUAUUAUAAAUGGAGGACCUGGCUCUUCUAGUAUGAUUUCUGUUUUCCAAGAAAAUGGACCGUGUCAUUAUCGUAAUUCAACUGGCUUAACCUACAAUCCUUAUUCGUGGAACAAUGUUUCAAAUGUUCUUUAUAUUGAUCAGCCUGUCGGCACGGGAUUCUCGUACUCUACAGCAGUACCGGGAUACGUUAACCCAAAUUAUAGUGAUGGUUUAUCGGUCAACUUACCAAGCGAAAAUUGCCCUGAUUAUGCUCAACCUUAUGGUACAUGUGGUACAUACUCUAAUCAAAAUGUUGUUAAAACGGCCAAUUCGACACAAAAUGCUGCUCCAGCAUUUUGGAAAGCCUUGCAAGGAUUUAUGGGCGCCUUUGACGAUUACGCGUGUGAUGAGUUUCAUUUUGCUACCGAGAGCUACGGAGGGCAUUAUGGACCUGUUUUCAAUGAAUAUUUCUUAGAACAAAACAAGAAGAGUAUCGAAGGAGCCAAGAAAAUAAACAUAAAAAGUGUAACGAUCAAUAAUGGUUGGUAUGAUCCUCUUAUACAAUAUCAAGCGUACUACAAUUAUACCGUUAACCCAGGUAAUCCGUACGAUUUGGAUUUAUACAAUCAAACCAUUAAAGACGAAAUCUAUAACAGUUUAUACGGCCCCGGCAAUUGUGUUGAUCAAAUUAGGCAAUGCUAUUCGACCGGCAGGGAUGACGUUUGUUCACAAGCCGAUGACUUUUGUUCAGAUCAUGUGGAAAUGCCAUACGACGUUAUUUCGGGUAGGGAUGAAUAUGACAUGAGGGAAUUAACUCCGGAUCCUUUUCCUUAUGAAGAUUAUGUUAAUUAUCUCAACACACCUAACGUCCUAAAAGCAAUAGGCGCUUUCACGAAUUACACCGAGUCAUCAAACUAUGUUGGAGGCACAUUUACCGUGACUGGUGAUGACGCUCGUGAAAGUAUGACUAUCAAAGAUCUUCGUAAAUUACUCAAAGCAGGUAUUACAGUGACAUUGUGGGCGGGAGAUGCAGGCUAUAUAUGCAAUUAUAUUGGAGGAUUAAAGGUCGCAGAGCUAGUUCACCAUGAAGGAUUUGACGAAGCAGGUUUUACAGAUUUAAAAACACCCGAUCAUAAAAUACACGGUUCUGUACGUCAAAGUGGACUGUUUUCUUUCACUCGUAUCUAUCAAGCAGGACAUCAAACUGCAUUUUACUCAAAAAUUUCGGCUUUGGCUGUCUUUAAUCGAUCGAUUCAUGGCUUAGAUAUUGCUACAGGUGACCAAAUUGCUACUAAAGAUUAUCGUACACAAGGACCGAAGGAGAGUCCUUAUCGCGAAGGAAACUCUACCGUACAAUACUAUAUCUUGCCAGCAAACAGCACAUACGAUUAUAAUACAAAUGCACCCACUGAACAGUCACAACAAGAAGCAAAGCAAGAAAAUUCCGAUACAUUGCUGUUCUCAUAAACAAAUAGUCCCACUUAUAUUUCGGAAGAAUUGUAUCUUUAUACACUUUCAACUUAACAAUACGUUAUUCAGCCC